AUGUUAUUGCACUUUGUAGCUGUGCGCACAAUACACGAGAUUCGCGUCGAUCGCGUAACUCGUGUACUUCUCGCGAUAAUCGCAGUUCCGCCGGAUGCGCAAAUAAUGCUCCAGUCAAGGUAACCGAGAGAAACGAAAUUGUCUAUCGCGCACCGAAGUACAGGUUGCGCGACGUAAUGACAGGAGAAAUCAGUACAUCAUCCGGCGGAGGCGAUACCGGUCGCGAAUGCGGAACCAUAACGUAUCCGCCGAGUAAUCUCGUCGCGUCUUCAUGCGGAAAAGAGACGACGAAUCUACAGGGAUCGGAAACUUCAAGAAUCUGCGUGGAACAAAGACCUUCCUUUCUCUCUCCUUUUAAAUCAAUUGGUACUUUUCUAUUAAUGGAAAAAAAGUAUCAGAUAAUCCUUCACAAUCAGUCGGCGGUCUCGAGAUCUCUAGUAACGAUCUCUGUUAGUAACAAAGUUUAAUCACUGACGAUAAGAGAGCUCAAGCUUCAUCUAUACUUAUAUUCAAAAAUGCACUGCCACUCGUUGCUGCUGCUUUUGCUACCGAUUGCAACCGCGGAGCUGUGCGAGCAUCCUCAGUACGAAUAUUACGUGUGCCAGAAUAAUACCCUCUCUUGCCCCAGCGAUCAGAAAUGUUCGUACGUCGAGCAAUGCCUGGCGGUUGCCUCUCUGAUGGAGCGCAACGCGAUUCCCGCUCAUAGAUUACGACAAGCUGUGUGCGGAUACGAUCAAACGCGCGUGAAAAUUUGCUGCAGCAUUGACGAUUAUUCUGAACAGCCAACAUACGUGAAUUCGGAUGCAUCGUAUCCGACACAAUCGUCUUCGAACGUUCAGUGUGGAAGAAGUCUUAUUCGAGAUAACGUGAACGCUUUAGGAUCGUAUCCUUUCGUCGCAAGGAUCGGUUUUAUAAAUACAGUAACGGGUGAGACGAAAUACUCGUGCAAUGGCGUGAUCGUUAAUGAGCGUACAGUACUGACUACAGCUACAUGCGCACUCGCGAAAUCGGACAGGUACAAAUUAUGCUCUGUGCUUAUCGGUGAAUAUAAUACAGAGUCGGAUCCGGACUGUGACAAAUUGUUCUGCGGUCACCAAGCCACUAGCCACGAUGUUUCGUACGUGAUAAAACACCCAGACUAUGACGUCGCAAGUUUCUCCAACAACGUCGCCUUGCUCCGUUUGAAGAAAGCGAUCGAAUAUACAGCCACAGCUCAACCCAUUUGCUUCAUACCGGAAGACAGAUACGUCAGCCUGGGGAGUACAUGCACUGUUGUCGGUUGGGGCAAGCUGUCCGGUCAGAAAGCACAGCCAACGACGCAACAGUCAUUGCAACUAAGACUCGUACCUAAGCAACAAUGCUCGGACUACUUAAGCCAAGGUCUGUCCGUCGAACUGUGCGCCAAAGGAAGCUGCGAACCCUGCACAGGUUACAGCGGGAGUCCCCUGUUGUACAAGUACGCGGACAUGUAUUUCCUGGUUGGAAUUCUAUCAUAUGGAUCUAGCUGCGACUCGAGCACCGUCUCCCCAUCUGCGUUCGUAAACGUGCAGAGGUACACGAGGUGGAUCUUGGAGAACUGUUAAACAGUCGCGUGCGCAACUGUGCACCGAAAGAUCCCUCGAGAACGUCGGUAUCGCAUUCUCAUGAAUUUGUUUUUUUUUUAUUCUUUGGCGAAUCAAAGAGUGGUACUUUACUUGUGUCUAAAUAUAUUCAGAUAUUUGCC